AUACCAGAUAAUAUUAUUAUCUCUAAAGAAAUCCCUAUAGAUACAGACAAAGAAUUAGGUAAAAUCUCUGAUGAUACUAAUGAUGAUAUCAAAUUAUCUACCUGUAAUACCUGUACAAAAAGAAAACAUACAUAUGUUGAUAUAGAAACACAGACAGAUACAAUUACAUAUACCGAAACAAUGGUACAGACGACCAAUGAAUAUUCAAUUUUUGAUUGCGUUGAUAUAGAAGCACAAACAGAUAAUGUUGAGACAAUGGUACAAAUGAUCAACCAACCUUUGUUUUUUGAUUUAGAAAAAUAUCACGAUAUGUUAAAAGAUAUUAUCAACAAAAAUAUAAAAAGCGAAACGGGUGAAUUCAUACAGGAAUAUAAAAAUGAUUUACGAAAAUUAGAUUGUGCAUUUUUCAAAUUAAAGCCUAAACAUAUCUUCUUUUCCCCUUUUGAAAAACUUAAAUGA